AUGUAUUGGGACUCGCUAAGUACGCAGUCCGACGUUGACGCACUGCUUAGCAAAGAGGGUUUAACCCUGGAAGAGGUCCUGGAUUAUGAAAACGUUCUACAAGAAUGUAAAAGUCAGAAUUCCAAGCUGUUACAAUACUUAAAUCGCACCGAGAUAUUCGAUGCACUUAUCGAUCUCAUCAUUCAGGAACCGCCCGCUGAUAUGGAUGACAAUAUACGCUUCAUGCAUUCCAACAUGGCGUGCGAAAUACUUACCAGUGAUGUACCGUCCUUCAAAACGCAUCUCGUCGAGAAUCAGAACUUUCUGAACAAGCUGUACAGUUUCCUCGUGAAGGAACCACCGCUCAAUCCACUGCUGACCUCGUUCUUCUGCAAAACGUUCGGCAUGCUGAUAACGAAGCAGAACGAGCAGGAUUACUUUUCCUACAAAUCUGUGUGCCUGCAAGUAUUAGAGUUUAUCAAAUCGAAGAAAGGUUUCCUGCCGACGAUUUUGAAGCACUUUGGCAACCAGGUCAUCAGCGAUCUGCUGCUGUCCCACAUCACCGACAUCGAGGAUGCCGAAUUAAAGUCUGAACUGCUAGAAUGGCUGAAUGAACAGAAGAUGGUAGCCGAGAUCAUAAACUUGCUGAAGCAGCAGGGUCAGGUGCAGAAGCAUUACAACGCUUCACAGUUUCUUAUCGAGCUCAUCAAGAUCAGCCGGUGUAAGCGACAGAACGAGCAACAGGACAAAGUCACUUCGGACCCUAUUCUAGAUACACUGGAAUGUGAAAUGACAACGAAACAAUUGCUUGAUAUCAUCCUUGAGGAGAAUGGCGAAGAAAGUGCAAUCGUUGCAGGAAUUCAAAUAAUCUUAAGACUGCUGGAAAACGCGAUAAUACAAGAACCUGUUUCAGAUACAGCAUUGCAAAAUGUAAUCGAUGCUGAGAAAGAGCACCACGACAUGGUCGUAACACGAUUGGUUAACGUGAUCAAACCUCGAGUCGCCGAAUUGGUUGAGAUCUUGAAAAAUCCUCCCGUGAAAUCGGACAUAAUUACCACCUUCGGUAUACUGUCACCACCACUGGGCAACGUGAGACUUCAGAUCUGCAAUUUAUUUACAGUAUUAAUAGAAACAGAGAAUAAGGAAGUAAUCAAAACCAUUUGUGAGACGGACUAUUACAACACCUUGCUCAACUUAUUCAAGCAAUACCCUUGGAAUAAUUUCCUCCAUAGUCGUGCAAAAGUGUGUAUCAACUAUGCAAUCGGUUCGUUCGACCAGAGUGAAGGUGGCGCGGAUGGAGAACCCCAACUGCUUACCUCUAGUUUACAGCGAUACAUAAUCACAGAUUGUAAGGUGGUACCUAAAAUGGUAGAAUUAAAUUUAAAAAAUUCAAAAUAUCCGUUUGGCCGGCUUGGUUACAUGGGCCAUUUGAUUGAAAUGUUCGAUUCACUGUCUACUACCUUGAAGCUCUCGGAAGAAAUCCGUGCCUUAGUACAAUCGACGCUUACAGAAGAACAAAAACAAAGCCUGUCAACGCUCAUUGAUGGCGAUGACAGUGAACUUGCCCAAACUCUAGCUGUGCAGAAGAAGUUUUUGGCUGAUAUGGAUCCUUAUCAUAUUUGUCCGAGUGAUGGAACCCGUUUUGAUUGUGGUGAAAUGGUUGUUGACGAUGUAACAAAAGUGUCAGCGAUCGAAUUAGAACAGAUUAUGGAGAAUAUCAACAAUGCACUCAACAAUUUUGGAGGAUUGCUCUUGGGAGGCAUAGAAGACAUUGGGGACAUAGAGGCAUCUGAUUCCAAUCGAUGGGCAGAUUUUAGUUCAACGGACCAAUUGCUGGAACUCGGUAACGAUCCAUCUCGAUUCGGUAGUGACGGAUUAACCGAGGACGACAAUGAUCCGUUCGGUUUGCGGAUGUUUGGGAUUGAAAGGAAAAAGACAGACGAUGAUAGUGAGGAUAGCGAUCCCUUUGCACCGGUGCAGUCUGCAGCUAAUACUCAAGAUGUGACCCUCUCCAAAGAUAUGCUGAUGGGCGACAGCUUGCUUGUUCAGAAAUCAGAUUUGGAUUUUGCUUCACUCGCAUCGUCCGGCCUUGUCGACAGUGAAAGUAAUAGUGAUAUGCCCCUUACCGGAGGCAUGGAUCACAACAUUUUGAAGUUUUUACAAGCAGUCAACGAAGCGGGUCCUUCCUCAACGGCAAUGUUGGAGGAUAAUUUUGCCGAUUUCGAAUCCGUGCUGGGUGUAACUGGAGACUCGAGUGCAGUCGGUAGUAAAAGUGAAUCAACAAUUAGCGGCCUUCCCUCGUCUACAGCUACUUCAUCCGAUCCAGCGAUCAGCUCUGUUAAUCCAUUGUUUGAUUUUGAAAAUGCGGACAUAUUCAAUGCAAAUUCUAUACCACCAACUGUGGACCAACCAGCCAGUGUUGAGGCAGGAAAGGCAACCGAUACGGUGCAGGAAAAGCAGUCGGAAUUGGUAGUGAAAUGUGGCGACGAGAAAUCUGAUGAACAUAUCGAACAGGCUUCUUCAACUCCUGAGGUUGUCAAUGAUUCAAAUGAAGUCAGUGGUAAAUCAGUUAAUGGUAAAACGGUAGAUGCAGUACCGGAUGUUUCGUCCGUUGCAAACCCGGAAACCGAACAUAAUUCAUCCAUCGUAGCGUCCGAUAAACUCUCCGAACAUACUGAUUGCAAAGACGGAAAAGUUAAUGCAACUGACAGCGCUACUAUUGACGAAGCGGAAGUAAUCAAUGGCAAUGAUAGCAGUACUGUAGAUAAAACUACCCCUAAAGAAGAUGCUAGCAGUUCCCCGCAGCCGACCGAUGCGUCAGCUUCGGUAGAAAGUAUUGAAAAGGCCGCAGUUGAAAAAUCAAACGCUUCUAGCGAGAGCUCCGUUGCCAAUGCGGAUGAUGCGAGUGGAACGCCGGAUAAUUGA